AUGGCGGAGCUGCAGAUGCUGCUGGAGGAGGAAAUUCCAGCGGGUCGCAGAGCGUUGUUGGACAGUUUCACCAACCUUGACAGAGUCGCCGAGUACUGCGAAAGUAACUACGUACAGGCUCCAGACAAGCAUGUCGCUCUAGAGGAAACCAAGAACUACACUACUCAAUCCCUGGCCAGUGUGGCCUACCUGAUCAACACUCUCGCCAACAAUGUGCUUCAAAUGCUGGACAUCCAGGCGUCUCAGCUGCGCCGCAUGGAGUCCUCCAUCAACCACAUCUCUCAGACGGUGGACAUCCACAAAGAAAAAGUGGCCAGGCGGGAGAUAGGCAUCCUCACAACCAACAAGAACACCUCUCGCACACACAAAAUCAUUGCUCCAGCCAAUCCUGAGAGGCCAGUGCGGUACAUACGCAAACCUAUCGAUUACAGUAUGCUGGACGACAUUGGUCACGGUGUGAAGGUCAACACCCAAAACAUGAAGAUGGGGAGUCUUCUUCGCACCACACCUCCCACACAGAAGCCACCCAGUCCGCCGAUGGCAGGCAAAGGCACGAUAGGAAGACACUCACCCUACAGAACACUUGAGCCAGUGCGGCCUCCUGUGGUCCCUAAUGACUACGUCCCAAGCCCAACACGCAAUAUGGUGCCCAUCCUGCACCAAAGUCCUGUGCGCACGGCAUCUGUUAAUCAGAGGAACCGCACCUACAGCAGUGGGAGCAGUGGUGGCAGUCAUCCCAGCAGCCGCAGCAGCAGUCGGGAAAACAGCGGGAGCGGCAGUGUCGGUCUUCCCAUUGCUGUACCCACACCCUCUCCACCCAGCGCCUUCCCAGGUGCUCCUCAGUUCUACAGCAUGAACAGGCCCGUCCCCAGACAGACUGCACCCUCAGUCGGGGGUUCACUGCCGUACCGCAGACCACCCUCACUCACGGGACAGACUUCCAUGCCACCUAGCCAGCAGAAUGGAGGGCCUUAUUACAAUCAGAGCCAAG